CCCCCAUCCCCCGACGGCGCCGUCGUUACAGUGAGAGGAAUGCUAUUUCCGGCCGACGAGGAUGUGCCCCGCCUGGUCGCUGUCCACUGCACAGUGAAGCGUGAAAUCCCAGGCGAUGACGAAACUAUCAUGUACAAGCCGGACCUCGCGAUGUUUCUGGGCGGCGGCUGCUACGACUACCAAUUGAUCGACCGCAUUGGGCACUCUGGUCGCAAACUCAGGCAGCCCAUCUAUCAUGUUAUCCGGGACAACUUCCUUAAUGACGGUUCGCCUCCGAACCGUUGCGUUAGGCGCCUUAUGCGGGGCAAGGCGCCUCACGCUUGGGCCGGUAACCUGCUUGCCAUGAAAGUCGCAGGUACAGGGACCUUCGAGAAGUGGGUUGAUAUGUCCAUGGAUGAUUUGCCAACCGUGCAAGCAUUUUAUGAAUGGUAUCCGGAUGAGGACGGAACCUGCGAUUCAUCAGUAAUCUUGGAAGUGCGGUAAUGGCGUGUCCUGAACAAAGCGUGUAUUUCUAGCAUAAUGAAUGUAAGACUUGUUCCGACCAUAUUGUCCGUUGAUCACC